CCAGCUCCAACGCGGGUGCAUGGAUCUUGGCCAUCGAUUGCUCCAACGACUUACACGUCUGAACGGCAUUUCCUCCUUUGGACAUGAUGGACUGUUCUACCCCAAUUAGCAAUUCCGGACACGCUAGCAGGGUCUCCGACUCAACCCGUAAAGUGUUCGCUCACUACAUGGUUGGCCUUGCGUGCCAGCAGACGCGUGAGAAAUGGGCUCGCGAUAUCAAAACCGCCAAGCUCGCCGGCAUUGACGGGUUUGCUCUGAACAUUGGUCCUUCAGAUCAUUGGACGGAGACACAAAUCUAUUACGCUUACAAAGAAGCCGAAGAAGUUCAUGGAUUCUCGGUUUUCAUCUCAUUUGACAUGGCAGCCGGAUAUUGGGGAAUUUCCCAGGCAGUUGAGCUGAUUAACCGUUACAAAGAUUCACCUGCACAGAUGAGGGUGGACGGGAUGCCGCUUGUGUCGACGUUUGAAGGCCCCAAUUGGGUGGACAACUGGCCCACGAUUCGUGAUCAGACGGGCGGUAUCUGCCUCAUCCCGGACUGGUCAAGCCUUGGACCACAUGGAGUCGGUCACAGACUGGAUCUGAUUGACGGUGCUUUCUCCUGGGAUGCUUGGCCCAAGGCCGGACAGACUAAGAUGACUACAGUUGAAGACCUUCUCUACAGGGAGAACCUCUGCGGAAAGAAGUACAUGAUGGGCGUCAGUCCGUGGUUUUAUACAAAUCUGCCACGAUGGAAUAAAAACUGGUAUUGCUCCAGCGAGUCCCUAUGGUACGAUCGCUGGCAGCAGGUUUUGGAAGUCAUGCCGGAUUUCGUCCAAAUCAUCACUUGGAAUGAUUUUGGAGAAUCAAGCUACAUAUGUGACGCCUCUCCGCCGCAGGUGGUGAGCGGAGCAGAGAAAUACGUUGCCGGCCACUGCCACGCCGCUUUCAGGGCUGUUUUGCCCUAUUUGAUCGCCGCGUACAAGGCUGCGCCUGUUGAGGUUGACUGGCAUGGCCAAGACACAGCCAUCGCCUGGUACCGCACUGCCCCGGUCCGGGCUCAGAGAUAUAAUGGUACGGUAUGGGGCCCCGGCGGCACGGUCUCGGCCGCACAUGGUGCCCGAGACGUGAUAUCCGUGAUGGCCGUAACCAGAUCUUUGGCGCGUAUCAACAUCGCAAUUGGGACUUCCCGCCGGAUGACAUUCGAGACUGACAGUCGAAGCCGCGUGUCGUAUUUUGAGUUGCCGUUUGACAGCCUCACCACCGGCACUGUAACGCUUACCCUGAACGGGAAAACCGCUGUCGGGCCUGAAAUUAAGGGUACCUGUGAGGGUGGGAAUGUAAGUGCGACGCACACGCGACACGCAUAUCAAACCUCGUCUUGAUCGCCAUUGCUGAAUCCGUCUCGAUUCUAGGCUUCCCUGAAUGCUGUCUCCAUUCAUGUAUAGGCGCUUCAAGGAUUCUGGCUACUCCCCGUCGUUUAUCAUGAAAGCCCCGAGGACAAGGACGUGGUAGUUGCUGCAAGCUUCCUGCAUAUAUGACUUGGCGGGUUCAUAAUGAAACUAUCCCGAAAACAAGGGCGCCGUUAUCCUCAAAAUUAUGGAAUGGGAAAUUGGACAAUGACGAGGAGCAGAAUGAGGUGUGGUGUGCGUCCCUUGGCUUUGGAUCGGCUAAAAUCGGCGAUCCAUUCCCGCCACUAAAUCCAGCCAUGUGCGCUUUGGUCUUGGCCCGCUUCUUCCGCGCCGCCCGUCGACGUCACAGGGUUUCCGCAGCG